GCGCGGUGACUCUGCGGUGGCACCGUUAAAGGUAACAACCGUCGCAGGAGGAUGGCUUCCAGCUUUAAGAAGCCAAAUGUGGCCUCUACCAGCCAGAAAAGAAAAGUGGGUCCUAAGCCUGAACUCACUGAAGAUCAGAAGCAAGAAGUUCGUGAAGCAUUUGACCUCUUCGAUGCUGACGGAAGUGGGACCAUCGAUGUGAAGGAGCUGAAGGUGGCCAUGAGAGCCCUGGGUUUUGAGCCCAGGAAGGAGGAGAUGAAGAAGAUGAUCUCCGAAGUGGACAAGGAAGGCACAGGGAAAAUCAGUUUCAAUGACUUUUUGGCCGUGAUGACUCAGAAGAUGGCCGAGAAAGACACCAAAGAAGAAAUCCUGAAGGCUUUCAGGCUCUUUGAUGACGAUGAAACUGGGAAGAUCUCUUUCAAAAACCUAAAGCGCGUGGCCAACGAGUUAGGGGAAAAUCUCACCGACGAGGAGCUGCAGGAAAUGAUAGACGAAGCCGAUCGGGAUGGAGAUGGCGAAGUGAACGAGGAAGAGUUUCUUCGGAUCAUGAAGAAGACCAACCUAUAUUAAAGUGGGUUUCUCCCGCAAGCAUAGUUAGAGACAUUGAGUGGCUCAUUGAGUUCCCUGCAUCCUUCCAUUUUGCGAAACCUUGAGUUAGAGGACAGCGCUAUCUUCAACCCCAAUUUGUCUAUAUACUUCUAUUUCCAAAUCUCUGGCUCAAUUAUAGAAUUUUAAAGAUGCUUUU